AAAGUACUUAAGCCUCUAAAACCCUAACUUUUGCUAUCUUCUUCUCUUCAAAAUCCCUGCGAGAAAUUAAAAGUAAUUAUUUUCGUCACUGCAACCCAAUGGCUUUUAGUUCGUUCAUUCGUAAAUCGGCCUCUUCUUUGGCUCCAAUGGCUACUCGAUUCAUUCGAGUUAGCAAAAGUUACCAUCCUGUCAUAUUCGCUACCUCGAAUAAUCUGUGUCAGAAGCUUACCUUGAGCCCUUUUAUGCCUCAACUUUACUUCUCUUCGGCUACUGAGACUAAAAAGCCGAGUUCUGAUGAAUCUCUGCUACGAGUCAUUGAUUCGGAAAUCAAGUAUGCUAAAGAGACUGAUGAUCAUGAUCGGGUGGAAGAGACUCCGGGCAGCUUCCCUUUCAAAAUAGAGGAUAAUCCUGGACAGCAAACUAUAACAUUGACAAGAGAGUAUCUGGGUGAACUUGUAAAAGUUGAAGUUCACAUGCCUGAUCUUGUUACUGGUGAAAAACCUGAUGUUGUUGGUGACGAUGAUGAUGAUGAUAUGGAAAAGCCCAAUCAAUCUAGUCUGCCACUAGUGGUUACCGUCUCCAAGAGUAGUGGAACCUCGCUUGAGUUUAUUUGUGUCGCUUACCCUGAUGAGAUUGCAAUUGAUGGCUUGGCUGUUAGGAAAUCAGAAAAUUCAGAGGAUGAAAUGGCCUACAGGGGGCCUGACUUUCAUGAUUUGGAUGAGAACUUGAAGAAAGCUUUCCACAAGUACUUGGAGAUUAGGGGAAUAAAGCCUAGCAGCACAAAUAUCUUGUUUGAGUACAUGGUUAACAAAGACAGCCGGGAAUACUUGACGUGGCUGAAUAACCUUAAGAACUUCAUUGAAGCAUAGGCUUGUUGCAUCAACAAUUUCAAACAAAUCAGGUCAAGUAGCCUUAGGUUUUUCUUCUCUUAAUGCAUUCAUUUGCGUACUAUCACAUUUAUAGUGUUGUUAAGCACAAAACAGUGUUGUCUGAGGAUGCCCUGAAUUGUUACUUAAUGCAAGAUUUGUCUUAAGAAAGAAUGCAGUACUCUGUUAUACUGUCA